AUGCUGAAAUAUGACACAUUCAAGCCACAUGCAAGAUUUCAUUAUUAUCCUAACACGAAAGUCAUAUCAGAUAUAUAUUCUGCAGAUGAUGCCUACGCAAUGUUCUUGUGGGUGGGUACCCCAGUGCAAAUUGUGUUCGUUAUGAUUGACACAGGGAGCCCCAUCACAUGGUUCCAAUGCGACCCUUGCAGCAACUGCUACCCCAUGCAACGCCCUCCCUUCAACACACGUGCAUCAACCUCCUUCAAAGAACUUGGCUGCUACUCCGACACGUGCCUCAUCCCUAUGAUGAGGGGCAUUUUUGGAAACUGCACUGGAUGGACUUGUAGGUACAACAUGCAAUAUGAAUAUGAUUAUGCCAACAUGUCUCAAUCUCGCUCCUUUGGUAUGAUGGUAACUGAAACCCUCAAUUUUGAGCACUCCAACAUUCAAGUCAAGGACUUUAUAAUGGGGUGUGGGGACUCAUAUGAGGGACCCUUUAGGACUCAAUUUUCAGGAGUUUUUGGCCUUGGACGUGGUCCACUUUCAGUGCAAAGUCAACUUCAUGCAAAGGCCUUUUCAUUUUGCGUAGUGAGUCUUGGAUCAGAGAAACCCUCUUCUCUUGAGUUUUAUGACACACAACCACCUAAAACAAACCAAAAUGGUAACACCAAUGGUUCUAUUAUGGUUCCCUUGAGUGAGAACAAUAGGUACCCUUACUAUUACUUUGUGCAAUUUGUGGGAAUAAGCAUUAACGGGUUCAUGUUGGAUAUUCAAUCUAGAGUUUGGGGUUAUGGCUUGAACUAUGAUGGUGGGAUUGUUAUAGAUAUGGGAACUGUGUUAACCUAUUUGCCAGGGGAAGCGUAUAGUGUGUUCAGGUCAGAGAUACUUAAAACAAAUGGUAACCUUACUAAGAAGUCGGGGUUUGAAGAGUUAGAGUUUUGCUACAAAGAAGAUCCAACCAACGUGUAUCCAACCAUUGAAUUUUUCUUUCAAAAUGGUGAUAUUGCGGGUCUAAAUUUUGUGUCCUUCAAGUUGGACAACAACCAAUUGCUCUUACAAGUUGAAGAGGGAACAGUUUGUCUAUCGUUUGCUGAAGGAAAAGAUUCUGCACUUACUGUGAUUGGCAGUAACAACCUCCAAGGAACCCUGUUAACCUAUGAUUUGGUUAAUGAGAUCCUUGUUUUCACUUACAAUAAGUGUUAG